AUGUCAGCUGACUAGCAGCAUCUCCUACAGCCGUCACAACACUGCGCGCUGCCCGCUGACAGCUAGCCUAGCAGCCCCCCCCCUUUAGCCGAGGAGGCUCUGCUGUCGGACCGGGCUGGGGUUAUGUGUCCCGGAGACGAAGGUUUGUGCACCACCACCACCAACAACCCAUGGCGGCCGAAAUUCAGCCUCAAGCGCAGGCUCGGAAGCCGUGUCUGCUGAGCAAAAUCGAGGCUUUCCAAGAUGUUGUUAGCACGGCGGUCAUCAUCCCCAAGGAAGACGGUGUUAUCAGCGUGUCCGAGGACAGGACGAUUCGAGUAUGGCUGAAGAGAGACAGCGGUCAGUACUGGCCCAGUGUCUACCAUACAAUGACAUCGCAGUGCUCCUGUAUGUCCUUUAACCCCGAGACCAGGAGGCUGUCUGUGGGGAUGGAUACUGGCAGCAUCUGUGAGUUCAUCCUGUCAGAAGACUACAAUAAGAUGACCCCAGCAAACACUUACCAGGCCCAUCAAGGCAGAGUGACUGUGGUGCUGUUUGUGUUGGAGAUGGAGUGGCUUCUGAGCACCGGCCAGGACAAAAACUUCACCUGGCACUGCUCAGAGAGCGGUCAGCAGCUGGGAACGUACCGCACCGCCGCCUGGGUUUCAGGACUACAAUUUGAUGUCGAGACCAGACACGCCUUUGUCGGGGACCAGUCCGGCCAGGUGACCAUCCUGAAACUGGAGCAGGACAGCUGCAGCCUGGUCACCACAUUCAAGGGACACACGGGUAAUGUGACGGCUCUGUGUUGGGACCCGGUCCAGAGGGUUCUGUUCUCCGGCAGCUCGGAUCACUCCAUAAUCAUGUGGGACAUCGGAGGACGCAAAGGCACCGCCAUCGAGAUGCAGGGACACAAUGAAAAGGUUCAGGGCUUGUGCUACGCCUCACACACUCGUCAGCUCAUCUCCUGCAGCUCAGAUGGCGGCAUCGUCAUCUGGAACAUGGACGUAACCCGUCAAGAGACUCCCGAGUGGUUGGACAGUGACUCGUGUCAGAAGUGUGAGCAGCCGUUCUUCUGGAACUUCAAACAGAUGUGGGACAGCAAGAAGAUCGGCCUACGACAGCACCACUGCAGGAAGUGCGGCCAGGCGGUAUGCGGCAAAUGUUCAUCCAAACGCUCCACCAUCCCCCUCAUGGGCUUCGAGUUCGAGGUGCGUGUGUGUGACAGCUGCCACGAGUCCAUCACCGACGAGGACCGAGCGCCCACAGCCACCUUCCACGACAGCAAGCACAGCAUUGUUUACAUGCACUAUGAGCCCACCACGGGGAAUCUGCUCACCUCUGGCACUGACAAAGUUAUCAAGCUCUGGGACAUGACUCCUGUGGUGUCCUGAGGUCUGUGGACGACCGGCCAUCAGCAGGAAGCGCUGUUGACCAAACUGUGAUUUGUUUCGGAGGCAGCAGCAGCCACACUUUGAGGAAGAAAGAGGGAAACUUGUCCAACAAUAUCGAUUUCAUCUGGAUAAUAUAUAACUGUUAUUGAACAACAAGCAGCGGCUGUUAGACGUUCACAGUGAGGACACUGCAGGCCAGUGGAGCCUGGGAACAGGAAGGACCUGGGUGGACACGAGGUUACAGGCGGUCGUGAGUGUUUUUUUGUGUGAUGGCUACAGUUGGGUGAGGGAUAUCUGGAUGUGUUUUUUUGUGUGUGUCCUGUGAGUGAGUGUUUGGGAUGGGUUUGACACACUUUAUUUUCUUAAUUUUCAUGCAUUCCUGCUGAUUUCAUUCUGGAGAAUCACGAGAGAGUGAGUGAAACAUUUCUGCACUGUGUGAGUCGGUACCGUUAAACCCGGACGUGUUUUAGAUGUGAAGCAUUUAAAGAAACUUCUACAUUACUCACAAACUCAAAUUCACUCACAUUAAGCAAUUCUUCAAUUCUCCACAAAUAAAAUACAUUUAAUCUCUACUUCUGCACACCUGCACCACCUACGGGAAAGUCAAGUAACUGCAGCAGCAGUUUAGCUAUAAAAAUGUUGACGUCGCCCCCCUACAGGCAAAUCAUUAAUUCAAGGACUAGCUUAAUUUUCUUUGCAUUGUUUUAUGUUUAAAAUUCUAAACGUGACCAACUGUUUGUUAAAUUAACAAGUAAAAGUGUGAUACCAAAGUGUCACCGCUACAUUUCACUUUUGUAGUGCAGAACACCGACGUGGUAAAUGAGUCUAAUCUCAAAGUCUAUUUACUUUUGUAUUCUAAAACAUUUUUUGUAGCUGUCAUGAGUAGAUAGGCUUUUUGUUUAUCUCUGAUCUAUCCUAAAAGUCCUAAAACUGCUCAAAAUAAUGAAAAGUUUAGACAAUUAAAGUUGUCUGAUGUCCACGCUAAGAUGCUUCCAGUAAAAAAAAAAAAA